AGAUUGACAUUUUUUAAAUUUAGCUGACAAUUUGUACGUUUUUAUCCGCAAACGAUAUUUCUGUGUUACUUAUUUUUAAUUCUAAUUAAAGUGUUUUUAUGGCAUUGGUGGACGGGUUUGAUCACAGCCAAUGGAGCGUCGUUUGAGAAGCUAAAGUAAAAACUUCUUAAGAAAGUCGACUUCAUUUUCACCACCGUGAAUUUAUAGCAACGUAAACUUGCAUCGACGUGAACUUGCAUCAACGUGAAUUUACAUCAUCGUGAAUUUACAUCAUCGUGGAUUUACAUCAACAGGAACUAACAUCAACAUUAAUUUGCAUUACCAGUUCAGAGUUCUAACUAUCGCUUGCUCUCUUUCUGCCGCGGUGCUAAUUAUAACCGUCUUCAAACAUAAACAUCUGUGAUAUUAUAGAUGCAAGGGAAGUAGUUCCAUGCUGAACGUUGCUGGAAAACAAUACGGGCUUUUUGAAUUAUAUUAACGCCUGAAAUUCUGAACCAUCGCGGCAAAAACUAACUAAUCCACGUGACCAGAGAAGAAAGUAUAAUCACGAUUUAUCCCAGCAAUUCCUUCUUGGAGUUGUUAUAAUCCCAGCAAAAGCUACAUUUUGUCCCAAACUCUGGACAGUUUGAACGAUUAAUCAGGCAGAAUUAACACUACUUAUCUUUUCCUCUACCCUGCUGAGUUACCGUAUUUUUAUUCCGUCGGAAUUUCGUAUAAAAUUCCCGCACCAUCCGUAACUCAUUCUCCUGAAUUCUACUGAAAAGAAUCUCAAAUAAACGGACAACGUUAAUGCUCCCGUAUCAUUUGCAUCUCAUUACUCUUAAUUCUGCCAAAAAGAAUCUUGAAAAAGCCGUUAAAAAAACCAUAUAAAAUGGAUAAGUACAUCAUUAGAACUCCCAGGACUGAGCCGCGACCAGCGUCUGUAGUGCAGCCUGUGAAGAAACUGAAGCAGAUGACGUUAGAGGGACUGAAGGGAGUGGUGGUGCUGGAGGACCUGGAGCGUGCCAAGCUGGCGCUGUGUCGCCCUGACUCCACGACUGGAGAUUUGCUCCAGCAACUCGGCUUGCUGGCCAAGAAGACUCCAACCAAGUCCAUCCUCGACUCCACUGGCAUUGGUGAGGUGGUCUCAGCUCUACGCGGAGCUCCGGACCCGGCGGUCGCAGCCGAAGCUAAGCGCGUCCACAAGAUUUGGAAACGGCACCACAAACUAAAAAAGAAUCGUCCAAUUAUCGAAGCCGUUUUUGACUUACGCACUCAGAAAGUGAGAAAUUCUGCCAGGAACUUGAUCAAAGAAGCACUUCAAUCAAACCUUACUGCUCCCGAGUCUUCUUCUGGUAGGAAAAAGCAGGUAAUAUGUGAGAAUCUGUCUAUGGAUGAGCGAUACAUGAGCGACUUGGGUACCGUGGUUAGCACCACGAGUUUGGGCUACAGUAAAGGCAUCAGGAUCGACUUAGACAGGUACGAGAACGCCAUGAGUGAACUACAACAAGGAAAACCUGGGGCCGAUGUGUCUACUGGAGGUAAUAAAAGUGAUUUACAAGGAAAACAUGGGGCCGAUGUGUCUACUGGAGGUAAUAAAAGUGAUCUACAAGGAAAACCUGGAGCGAAGGAGUCUACUGAUGGAGUCACGAAUAUAAGUGAUUUACAAAAAGAAAUUCUUGCCGAUGAGCCUUCUUUCGAGGAUCAUGAAAAGAUUCUAACUUCUGCUUCGUCAGCUCUCGAUUCUAGCAAAAUACUUAAUGUCAAUGUUAACAUCGACCUGCAAGAAAAUAAUUGUUUUGAUAAGAAAGAUGCACGUCAAUUCGAGAAGAAAAGGAAACUUGAUAACGCUGAUGAGCAAAGUAGACCAAAAAAAGUUAAGCUUGAAUGCCGUACGUCAGCAGCUGACAAGACCAUCAUGAGUGAUAGGCAACUACUUACCGACUCUUCAGGAAUUAAAAAUGACGAAUAUCCCGGGACUGAAACGAAGAAUUGUUUUCCGGAACUUAGCCUUUCGGUGGCUGAAAGCCGCGCGCGCGAGAAGGAACGUCCCAAAGAUAACCAGGCCUCGAAUGGUAAGAACAAUUCUAAAGAAAAAAGGGGCUUAAAUGAUGAUCAUUCCAAGGAAACCCAGGCCUCAAAUGAUAAACAUUCAAAUGAAAAUCGGGCCUCGAAUGACAAGCAUUCAAAUAAAAAAAGGAAUGACAAACAUUCACAGGAAAAUCGGGCCUCGAAUGACAAACAUUCAAAGGAAAAUCGGGCCUCGAAUGACAAACAUUCACAGGAAAAUCGGUCCUCGAAUGACAAACAUUCAAAGGAAAAUCGGUCCUCGAAUGAGAAACAUUCACAGGAAAAUCGGUCCUCGAAUGACAAACAUUCAAAGGAAAAUCGGUCCUCGAAUGACAAACAUUCACAGGAAAAUCGGUCCUCGAAUGACAAACAUUCAAAGGAAAAUCGGUCGUCGAAUGACAAACAUUCACAGGAAAAUCGGUCCUCGGAUGACAAACAUUCAAAGCAAAAUCGGGCCUCGAAUGACAAGCAUUCAAAGGAAAAUCGGUCCUCGAAUGACAAGCAUUCAAAGGAAAAUCGGGCCUCGAAUGACAAACAUUCAAAGGAAAAUCGGUCCUCGAAUGACAAACAUUCAAAGGAAAAUCGGGCCUCAAAUGACAAGCAUUCAAAUGAAAAUCGGGCCUCGAAUGACAAGCAUUCAAAGGAAAAUCGGGCCUCGAAUGACAAACAUUCACAGGAAAAUCGGUCCUCGAAUGACAAACAUUCAAAGGAAAAUCGGGCCUCGAAUGACAAGCAUUCAAAGGAAAAUCGGUCUUCUAAUGUCAAGCAUUCGAAGGAAAAUAAAGCCUCGAAUAAGAACGGUUAUAAAAAAGAAAGAAACUCAUCUCACUCACUAAAUGCAAACCAAGAGGUUUACUCAUCUUCGAUCAUUUCAGAAGCUUUAUCUCGCUGCCAAAAUGGUCUAGAUGACGACUCACACUCAAAUCUCAUGGAAGGUUAUUCAAGUAAAUGCCCUUCAAUCGGAAAUCCCAAACCAAUUUUGGUACAACCUUCAGAACUGGAAGCUACUUUUACUUCUCUGAACGAAAAAACUGUACGGUCUAAAUUGAAUGAUAAACAUCAAACCGAUUCGCCUACUGAUUCAAGGCAGAAGUACUGUUGUGUUUCAAUGGAAAAGGAAAAUUCAGAUGUAUUGCAGAACAAGUGUUUAAAUGAAAAGUCAAUGCCUACGUCUCAUUCCGAUGUGGUUCACCAUCAUACAAACCCUAGCAACAGGGAAAACAAAUCUUCGGUCAAUUCAGCUAAACUUGCAACAUCUGCGUCCGUCAAAACUUCCAACACAGAACAAAUCAACUCAAAAGAAAACACCAGUCCUAGAACAAAGCAUUCAUCUUCGUCUGCUCGCUCAAAUGACGAAAUAACUCUUCACGAAGACACAAGCUCAAAGAACAUUGUUCCUGUAAACAUUGAUCUUGAUAUUCUUUCUGAAGCAAUCGAGAGGGAACUGUUCUUUGAAAAUCAAAGACUCAUAAACAAGUCUUAUAGAAAAACAAUCCGCAGACUAGUCUUCACUCUCAAACACCAAGAUCGUGUAAGACGGAGAGUGCUUAGAGGACGAUAUAGCGCUGCUAAAAUAGUAUCGAAAUGCUGGCAAGAAUAAACUCUCACGUUCAAUUGAACCUAAAUAAAUAUGGGUUGAAACCUAAAUCGAUAAUAAAGCUGCCAAUGAAGA